AUGGCAGCUUUCAACAUCACCUCCUCCCACCCUUCAACGUUCAUCCUAAUGGGCAUCCCGGGCCUGGAAGUUGCCCACGUCUGGAUUUCCAUCCCUUUCUCUAUGUUCUACAUUAUCGGCCUGUUGGGAAAUUUCACAGUUCUGUUUGUUGUAUACAAAGAGCAGACUCUCCGCAAUCCAAUGUACCUGCUGCUCUGCAUGCUGGCACUCACAGACAUUGCCACACCUACUUUCAUUAUGCCAAAGAUAUUGUGUGUAUUUUGGUUCAAUUUGAAAGGCAUUACUGUGGGGGGCUGCCUUACCCAGAUGUUCUUCCUUCACGCUGUUUCUCUUAUGCACUCUUCCGUCCUAGUGACAAUGGCCUUCGAUCGUUAUGUUGCCAUUUGCAAGCCUCUGAGAUACGCCAUCAUCCUCACUAACGCACAAAUAGCUAAGCUAGGUCUAAUAGGUUUGAUAAGAGCUGUUCUCUUCAUUAUGCCCCUGCCCCUGCUCCUGAGCCGGCAGCCAUUCUGUGCCAAUCGCAUUAUCCCCCACACGCAAUGUGAGCACAUGGCUGUGGUGAAGAUGUCGUGUGGGGAUAUUACAGUGAACAGGACAUAUGGCUUGGUGCUAUUCUUCGUAGUCAUCAUGUCAGACCUGACGCUCAUUGCCCUGUCCUAUGGUCUGAUAAUCAAGGCUGUUCUCAGACUUUCCUCCAAGAAAGCCCACCAAAAAGCCCUCAACACCUGCACAGCCCACAUCUGUGUGAUGCUAACGUAUUAUACUCCUGGCCUCUUUUCCAACCUGAUAAGCCAGCUUGGUCAGGGCUUUGCUCCCUACAUUCACAUCAUCUUGACUGAUCUGUAUCUCCUCUUCCCUCCCCUGCUCAACCCUAUCAUUUAUGGAGUCAGAACCAAAGAGCUUCGUGACAAAGUGGGCAAAUACAUCUCCAGAAAGUGA